AUGUGUAGCUUGAGUUUCUGCAGGAUGGAGGUUCAUCACGGGAUCAGGAAUGCGAGACUUCAAGGGGACUACAGUGAUUAUGCACUGACCGAACCUUGUCCUUUGAGGUCUACUGAUGAUCCUUUGGGGUCUAAAGACGUCCAGGGAGAGCUUCGGUCGCAUGGACCAACAAUAGGCGAAAGCAGGCAAAAUGGAGUGAAGAGGAGGUCGAUCGAACCACAUCACGAACAAGGGAUGGAAUGGAUUGAAUGGAAGGAAUGGAUGAAUGGAGUGAAUGGAAGAUCUGAUGGAAAGAGAUCUCCAACGCCACCUUCUGUCUUGUUGAUAUAA